UUUUUGCACACUGGUCUAUGAGAAGACAAGGUGACAAGGAGUCACUUCUUGCUAACAUUUGACUAGUAUUCAACGAGCACCAUGCACCUCUCUACUGCCCUACUCCCACUCAUUGUCACCACUUCCACUGCCUACACAUUACCCGUCGAUUGCGCCCCAAAUGGCGGUAUAAUGACAACGCCAACCUACGGUACGACAGGCGCAAUCUUCACAGUCUGUGCCCAAACCACCAUCCACAGCUCCCCAUCCCCAAUCUACACCGUUCUAAUCGACUUCCAUCGCUACACCGCCUGGAACACGUUUGUCUACUCUGUUGACGUGCCCGCCAACGUCUCAUCUGCUGAGGACGUGUACGUUGGGAUGCCGAUGACAUUGCACACCUUCGGUCUCGUACCCGUGGUAAACAGCACCUCGGAUGAGCGGAUUACAUAUCUGGAGCCAGAUUCUGUGCCGUCUUUCAUAGGAUGGCGUUUCGAUCCGGGCGUGCUGGGCGGAUUGCUGAUGCAGGCUGAGCACGUGAGUCUGCUCCUGGAUUUGGGUGAUGGAACGACGAAGCAUAUUAGCUGGGAGACUUAUUACGGGGCUGGAGCCCUGACGGUGCUGGCGUUGAAGGGGAGUUUGCAAAAGGAGUUUGUGGAUCAGGCGAGGGAUUUGAAGGCCAGGGUAGAGGGAUUAUUGUCUUGAAUGGCAGC